AGGGGUGGAUCGCAAAUGGUGGCCAUGGGCAGCGCAGCGGUGCUGGCGGUAAUGGGAGUGGCGGCGAUGAUGGGAGAAGUUGUAGGAGAGAGAGAAGGAACAUGUAUGGUCGGCUCUACCAGCAGAAGAACCGCUUUCGUCCCUGGUCUCAGCAGAAGCUUCGUGACGGCGGGUAAAACGACCGAAUCCUGUCAUGCAGCACAAAGUAGAGGGUUCUCAGUCGCCACUCCUCGUUUGCGAGCGGCUAGGAGGUUCACCGUUCCCUCUAUCAUCCAGCUUCAAAGUCAAAUCCAGUUUGCGGAUGCAGUAGAGGAAGUUCUCAAGCUCAAGUUCAACCCGAAGUCGAUGUCAAGGGUGAUCAAGUCGUGGAGGCGGAUGGAUGAAGAGUUCCUGCACAAGGAGUUUGUGGAGGAGGUCGACACGUACCAGGAGUGCAACUCAUACAUAGAGGGGUUGGGGAUAAAGACUUUCUACGAUCCGUACGAGUUCGAGUGGGCCAAGAACCUGAGAGAUUGUGCAAGUAUCAUACAAGAGGAGUUCCAGAAAGUAGCCAUCGAGUCGAAGGAUGAAUUAGAGACCAAAGGAAACAAUGUGUGGGUUACUGCUGCAAACUCCACUUCUGCUCAGAGCUAUGGUCCUGAUUGGAAGACGUUGGCGCUCAUGGAUCGUUGCGUGUGGGAUCCUAUCAAUGUGCAUCUGUUCCCUAAGACCACCAAGAUCCUGAAGGACCUUGAGAUUCCUUGCAUUGAGGCUUUCUUUGCAAGAAUGACUCCCAAGAGGCAAGUUAUGGGCAAAAUCAAUCCACACUCCGAUUACUGCAAUUUCGCGCUGACAAGGGAAUGGAAGAAUGGGGAAGUGCUCGUAUUUGACACUUCCUUGUAUCAUGAAGCCGAAAACUCUGCUGAUCGGAUGAGAUACAUCCUGAUGUUGAGAGUCUGGCACCCCGAGCUCAAGCCCGUUGAGGUGGAUGCCAUCAAGUACAUCUUCUCUGCGCUGGACGAGCCUGAGAUUGUGGAGAGAGAUCUCCGAGCAUUGAAACCUUCGCUCUUUGAGGCAAAGCCUAAACCGGUCGCGAGUCAGUCGUUCUCCGAUUUUUCAGCGGCUGAAGGCAAUCGUGCAUCAAGGAGAGCAGCUAAGAAGAAAAGCGGGGGAAGCUCUAGCCCAGCCAAGGGGUUCAAGUGA